UAUCUGUGAAUGGAGUUUUGAGCAAUCUUAAUUUUAUAUUUGAAUUUUUUAUUAAAUAAAGAUAAUUUUUAUUUUACAAAGUGUAAUUGAUAAACUAUUACAGCUUUUUUUGUCAAGUGAAUCUUGUAUCAUUGCUAAAGUUGCCCAUAGCUUAAGUCAGCUCUAGUUUGUAGGUCCCCACUGCCAUUUCAAUGACAAAACUGGUUAGGUAGCAGACUGCUCCAUGCCUAUCACCAGAAAUAUGUUUCUUUUCAUUGUCUUGUGCUGUAAUAAGCUUAUGUUAUGUAGGAUUCAUCACCUUCUGAAACUUCACUUUUUAGAAUUGGGAGCAUUGCCUUUCCGUAUUGCUGAUAUGAAAUGCUUUGGCGUGGUUGUGAAACCAGAUGAUGAUGCAACUUGUGGGACACCUACUUGGAUCGGUAAGGGCCUCACCUGUGUUUGCUUCAAGCGAAAGGGAGCAUAUGAACGAAUUUGCAUUAACUUGACCCCUCGACAGGCAAAAAGAUUCAAAAGGUUGAAGCAUAGAAUGAAGGUUUAUUUUGAUGCGUCCAGACCAGAUCACCAGGAUGCUUUGAGAGCUCUAUGGUCUGCCACGUAUCCUGAUCAGGAACUAAAUGGAUUAAUAUCUGAUCAAUGGAAAGAAAUGGGAUGGCAGGGAAGAGAUCCAUCUACUGAUUUCAGAGGAGCUGGAUUCAUUUCUUUGGAGAAUCUAUUAUUCUUUGCAAAGACAUUUUCAACAUCAUUUCAACAUUUGCUAAAAAAACAAGGAGGAAAAAGAUCUGCUUGGGAGUAUCCAUUUGCUGUUGCUGGUGUAAAUAUCACAUUUAUGAUUAUGCAGAUGCUCGAUCUCGAUGCCUUGAAAACUAGAAGAACAUUUGUAAGAUCGGUUUUCUUACAGAUGCUAUCAGAAAAUGAAUGGGCAUUUGACCUGCUCUAUUGCGUGGCGUUUGUGGUCAUGGACAAGCAAUGGCUGGAGAGAAAUGCUACAUACAUGGAGUUCAAUGAUAUCUUAAAAUCUACUCGAGCUCAGGUGGAGAGAGAACUUCUAAUGGAUGAUGUCUUGCGGAUUGAAGACAUGCCUUCUUAUAGCCUUCUUAUUUAGCAUUAACCUCCUUCAGUUUCAGGCCAUGCUGGUUCAGACCACUCAUGUAUUUAUUUAACAUUUAAGUUGCAAGUCCUUGUCUUUUUACCUUCA